ACAGUAAAACAUUGCUGCGACGACGACGUUUAAUCCAGAAAGGGUUUCCCCAUAUCCCUUGCCCUUGGGCGUCGAUUUGCACACGGCAUUCUCGUUCGUUAGGUCACCAGAUUUUGUUCAGUGAAUGAAAAGGAUGUUUUACAGAGGUAAAUACGUUGAUAGUGCUGAUGCAAGGGAAAUGGGAUUCAAACGGCAGCGUUUGAUGGAUCAGGGUUCUUCGUAUUUUGGAGCUCCUGGUCCUAGUUAUAUGUAUGAUGCUCCACCUCCUAUUCCUCCUGCAUUUUCUUAUGUUCCGCCACCUUUUCCAGUUGUCCGACUUCGAGGCCUUCCAUUUGAUUGCGCAGAGGCUGAGAUUGUCGACUUCUUCCAUGGUCUAGAUGUUAUUGAUGUGCUGUUUGUUCACAAGGGUGGCAGGUUUACAGGAGAAGCUUAUUGUGUAUUGGGAUAUCCACUGCAAAUUGAUUUUGCUUUGCAGAGGAAUAGACGAAACAUUGGUAGGAGAUAUGUUGAGGUUUUCCGAAGCAGGAAAGAGGAAUACUACAAUGCUAUUGCAAAUGAAGUUUCUGAUGCUCCUGGCGUUUCACCUCGUCGUGGUGCCCCAAGGGCAAGAUCUAUGGAUGAGAGGGACUUGUCAGAAUUUAAAGGUGUACUGCGGUUGAGAGGAUUGCCGUUUUCUGCUACCAAGGAUGAUAUUAUUAACUUCUUUAAGGAUUUUGCGCUGUCAGAAGACAAAGUUCAUUUAAUAGCUAACUCUGAGGGAAGGCCAGCUGGAGAAUCUUUUGUGGAAUUUGAAAGCCCGGAAGAAUCAAAAGCUGCAAUGUCGAAGGAUAGGAUGACUCUGGGGUAUCGCUACAUAGAGCUUUUCCCUGCAUCACGGGAGGAGUUGGAAGAAGCUGCUUCAAGGGGGAGGUUAAUGUCAAAAUCAUUAGAAGCAAAAGAUACUAGUGAACCUACACCCGUACUGCGGAUGAGGGGACUGCCAUUUUCAGCAGGGAAAGAUGAUAUAAUAGAUUUCUUCAAGAACUUUACUUUGUCCGAAGACUCGAUCCAUAUCGCCUUCAAUUUUGAGGGUAGGCCCACAGGAGAAGCUUUCGUGGAGUUUGCUUCUGCAGAAGAUGCUAAAGCUGCAUUGGCUAAGGACAGAAUGACGCUGGGAAGUCGUUAUAUAGAGCUGUUCCAAUCUUCUCCGGAUGAACUUAAUGAAGCAGUUUCAAAGGCACGGUAACAAUUUUGUUAGUACGAGUAGUAUUUAUCAGAAAUGUAGGACGAAACAUGGUUGGAUUAAGUUUUUGGAAUGUAACUUAUAUUUCUUGUUUGAAAUGUAGAGUUAAAGCCACUAUACUCUAUA